AUGAUGAACAAUAUGAUGUUACGUUUUGGCAAGAAGUUAACUUCAACUCACUCUAAUCAAUUCAUUUUCGGAAGUGGAUUAAUUUUGAAUCAAAGAAAUGUUAAAACUGAUAUCAACAAAAUUUCAAGAGGAGACAUUAUUAAAGAUGGACCAAAUAAAUAUCUUCAAAUUGAAAGAUAUGUUUUUUCAAAGAGAGGACGUUGUAAUGCUAUUGUUACAGUUGAAACUGUUGAUAUGUUAUAUGGAAAAAAGAUUAGUAAAAAGUAUAGAGGAGGUGAAUCAGUGGAUUUAUGUGAAUAUACAACAAAGGAUGUAGUUUAUUCAUCGGAAAAUAAUAAGGGAUUUGUUUUUGAAGAUAUGAAGGAUGGUACUGAAUAUGUUGCCUCAAAGACACUUCUUACUCCUGAAAUGACACAAAUCAUGCAAGGAGGUUUUCUCAAAAAGAUGGUUAUCGGAAUUGAUGAAGAAACCAAUCUUGCUGUUAAGGUCAUGUUCCCAACAGCCCUUGUUUCAACUGUUGAGGAAACAGAAGAUCCAAUAAGUGGUGUACCAAAUGAUAGACAUUCUCCAGUCACAAAGAAUGCACUCUUGGAUAAUGGUAUUUCUAUCAAAGUGCCUGGAUUUAUUGCAAAUGGUGACAGAGUCAAAUUCUCUACACGUGAUUGGUCCUAUGUUGCUAGAGCCACUGAAGAGGAUGAAGAUGAUAUUGAAUUUGAAGAUGAAUCAUCGAAAUAUGAAGACAAUGAGUCGGUAGAGGAAAUUGAAGAGGAUGAGAAUGCAGAAGAUGAAGAAGACAAUAAGAGGAGAUAA